AUACGGCGGGCAAGGGGUGGAGCAACGAAAAGGAGGUACAGACAACAGGAUGACAGAAGCAAGAGUGGCGGCUCACGUUUCUUGUGGCGGCCACGGAGCCUCCACGCCGAAGAGAUUAUGAAGAUUUGAUGCAUCUGCCUGGAGGCGAAAGACGGUGGCCGCGCGUCAAAAGCCGGGAUUAGUCCCCCUUGUCGCUUUCGGGCCUGGAACAUGAGGCUGGAGCGCGGACGGCGGGCUUCUCUGGCGCUCACCCUCAACUUUGUGGCAUUUGUCUUCGCCCUGUCGGCUGUCACCACCAGCUACUGGUGCGAGGGCACCCGUAAAGUGGCCAAGCCCUUCUGCACCGGGCCGCCUGUCAAGGUCAAGCAGUUCUUCUGCAUCCGCUUCAACAGCUCCAACAUCAACGACAGUCGCCUGGUGCAGUACAUCUUUGAGACCGGGGAGGAGAAGUUCCUGCUCAAGAAGUUCCACACCGGCAUCUUCUUCUCCUGUGAGCAGGCUGCCGACAUGAACGGUUUCGACUGUCGGGACUUCUCAGAAAUUGCUCCAGAACACGAACGAGGUUGGUACACAUUUUUUCUCGAGAUAUCGCAAAUCACCAAAUAUCAGUUAAUUAUUGUGAAAAUUCGCUGUUUGCACAUAGGAGUGCUGUGGCUGUGCAUUGUCGCCGAGACCUUGUACCUAACCCUGCUGUUCGCAGGCGGCGCCCUGAUGACCUUGGAGCAGUGUCGUUGCUUCAGCGUCAUGAAUAAACUCAAGCUGAGUGCCUUUGCUGCCUUAUGCACUGCACUGUCAGGCCUUUGUGGGAUGGUGGCCCACAUGAUGUUCACCACCAUUUUCCAGCUGGCCGUGGCCAUGGGUCCGGAAGACUGGAGGCCCAAGACGUGGGAUUACAGCUGGUCUUAUGCGUUGGCAUGGGGGUCAUUCGGCACCUGCAUGGGCUCGGCGGUGACAGCGCUCAACCGCUACACCAAGACCAUCAUCGAGUUCAAGUUCAAGCGAAGGAACAUUGAGAAGAGCCUGCUGGUCAAGCAGAAAUUGUUGGAGCUGGACCUUCCUGACCACGUGUGGUACAUGACAGCUGAUGCUGAGGCGCCACCGGAGCUGCCGCUCAACGGCCAUAAACCGUCCACGGGAACGGCCUUUGCCCUGGAAGUGGACCAUGUGGCUGAGUCACAAGGCGAGGCCUACUGCUAGUAACGCAGGUAGGAAGAACCAGACUCAAACAGACAAUUUUAAGACUUGCUCAGCUGAAAAAGAGGAAGUAACUUACUGUCAUUGAUGACGAUAGAUGUCCAAUCCCCUUACGACUUGGGAGUGUUAGCAGCGAAAAUUAGCUUUCCGUCAAUGGCAGUCAAUGAGUUAAAAAGACUCGACUUGAAAGUGAUCGGACUCCACGUCAACUGGGAGAGCUUUAGUAAUAAAUAUUGUGCUAAAGAAGAUUAGUUGAUGAGUUUUUUUAGUAUGCACCCACUGGCCGGGUAUGGCUACUGCACUGCCUGUACCUGCUUUUGAAUUGAAUGAAAUGAAAAGGUUGCAAUCUGGGAAAAAUGCCAGAAACACAGCUGAAUAUUAUAAUGCAGAGUGCAGAGGCCACCUCACGAAGCCAGUAUCAUGGAGGCAGCGCGGCAUUAUAAUACAUUUGAAUUCAGGAUUGUUUUUCAUAUCAAAUCAGGAAAGAAGAAUGGCAACACGCAAGGUAAACAACAACAGAGACGAUUUUUGAAAAAUGUCUUACUUAAAACUUGAAGGUAAGACUUGAGUUGAGACUCGCACACAUGUGACCUCUCGGUGACCCAAUGGAACACUUUUUUUCAUUCCUCGACCCCAAUGGACUUGGAUUUUAAAAUCUAAUACAGGGAUAUAUUUGCGUGUGUGUAUCCUCGUGGAAUAAUGUAACCCGCUCGGCUCUGAGAAGACAUGCAUCUCAUCAAAUCUUGCUCAUGUGAUCGCACAAGAAGUGGGAGGAGGAAAGGCCAGUGGUGUCUUGAUGCUUAGCUACAGCUGCCUCUUAUACCUUGCCUAGAGAUGUUUGAACGGACAACCAACACGAAGACGAUUGAGGUAGAUAGAAACCUGAGACUAGGGACAACAUGCUGCCUAGUAAGGUGAUUUUCAGUUCAUUAUGUAGCUAUAGUUUUUAGGAUACAAGGUAUCCCUGCCUCAAGAUAACACAUGAAGGACAUUGUGCCAUGAGCUUAACGUGAGAAAUAUUCCUCAUGCUCAAAAUUUCCAUAGUUUAUUAAUUAUGCAAUUUUUUUUCAGUCUUUCAUGCAGCAUCCAGGUCAAUAAUGUAUUAAACUAUAUUUUGAAAAAUAAGGAUGCAUGUUGGGUUUACUUGCUUGUGUAAUCUGCCACUACUGAUGUCAGCAAGAUGCUAAUAAAUACAUGCUACUACAGUACAUUAGCCAUCCAUUGUCAUAGUUUAUCUUUUGUCAUCUUAUUUACAUAAACCUGCUCAAACCUAACAAAACUGCACUUAAAUGAGCUGAACUAUGUGGAAAUGAGAAGUACCUGUUAAAUAAAUUACAGAAAUAAAAAUAAUUUAAAAAAACUAAUUUAUUACAUAAAAUUAAAAAACUUGUGAUUUUCUACAGCUGUAUACACAUGAAAGAACCAUUACAAAAGGCAAUAAACCAACAAUUAAACAUAUUAACAAUUAAC